CUCACGGAGGACCGUUCCCCGACAAAGUAUUUUACCUCCCCUCUUCGUUAGCGACGCGUGCACCAUGAGGAUUAUACUGCUGGUAAUCCCGGCGUGUCUGCUCGCUCUAACGGAAACGAGGCGAGUGCAGAUUCGUCCUCGCGUGACAGAGCCACAAGUAUAUUACGAGGAAAACGAUAACCAGGCGGCCGAGGACGACUUCGACAGCGUGGCGGUUUAUCAGCCGCGCACUCGCGCACUUCCUUCGCCACGUUCGAAGGACGCGCUGCACCCAUCGAAACCACCGCCAGUGCAAACAAUCAGGAAUUACAACAAGGUCAACGAUGACGGGUCCUUCACCUUCGGUUAUGAAGCGGCCGACGGUUCCUUCAAAGAAGAGACUCGUGGCACCGACUGCGUCGUACGCGGCAAAUACGGCUACAUUGAUCCGGACGGCAAUAAGAGAGAAUUUACUUAUGUCUCAGGCAAUCCAUGCGACCCGAACGCGCCUAAGGACGAAGAGGAAGAGAUACAAGAAGAAGAGAAGGAUGAUGUUUCUGGACCGGCAAAUUAUCCUUCCGUCAGACCUGUACCUCGUCCUGUGAGACCUACUUAUCAACCAUCAACCACCCGCGCUCCCACUACGAUAUUCCAGACGGAGUAUCAAUUGGACGACGACGCCAGCCAGGAGCUGACUGACGAAGACCUGAAGCCUCAAGUUCGACCUUCAGCUUUUAGAAGACCCUCGACUUUGGUGCAAGUCACACCUUCUAGCGCUAUUUAUGAGUCCUCGGCGUCCCCUAGUCCGUCCUUUUAUAGAUUAGCUUCUACCCCAGCAGCCCAAUAUCAAACCACUGCGGCUCCCGUCCUUCGUAGUCAGCCUACGGUCGCUUCGAGCGUCUAUCAGUCGCUCGAAACGACCACUCGCAGACCGGUUACUCGUCAUCCUAGACCUCAGUCGGUCGCGAUUACUCCAAGACCCCAUGUAGCUCAAGUAGCCGCGCAAUAUGUUUCUCCCAGUAGCACCGAACGCCCUGACGGUCUUUUGUACACUCAAACUCACCCAACAAUAUCACCUCAACUGCGCACCACGACCGCCACGCCCCAUCUCGACUUUGCCGCCGAGCUUGAACGUUACGUGAACUCACUCGGUUCUCAUGUGUCCGCCACUGCCGCCACCGCCGCCGUUCCCGCCGCGAGAUCUCAGGCCGCCCAAACCGCCUCGUCCUCGAGAGGUAAGCUGACCGGUCAGACACCGGUUGCAGCCGCCCCCGCAGCCGCCGCCGAACCCAUCUACCAGUCGGAGCUCGUGUAUGAUCCCGCGACCGGUCAGUACAAUACCCAGCUUUAUCAGUCAUUGCCUCAGACCGUGGGUGACUUUAGUCUCAGUCACAAACUCCAACCGUUCGUAGCCCAGCCCCAGUCCCUGCUCAAUCUCCAGCAGCUGCAGCAGCUCCAAGCCCAGCGUCCGGUCUACAAGCAGGCCCAGUCCGCGCCCGCUCCGACCGUAGCUCAGCCCCAGGAAGUACUCUACAGGAAACAGCAGGCGCAACUGCUGCAGCAAUCCCAGCAGCUAUACGCGCAACAACAACGUCGCCAGCAGCACCAGCAGCAGCAGCAGCACCAGCAGCAACAACAACAACAACAACAACAACAACAGACGUCUCACAGGCUUCAGCUGUUGGAAUCCCAGAGAGAACCCCAGACGUUUUAUUACGUCGCACCUUUAAAAGCCUCCGCCACUACGGCCCUGUCAGUAGGUCAGAUCGAUCAGUUUCUCCGUAAUAGCGCCGCCAAUAAUUACUGAAUCCAUCUGAGACAUGAUGUUCGAGGAUCUUUUUUUUUUCGUUCAACAUCUAAUCGUUUCUCUGUCGGUGUUAUUCCGAGUUUCUUUCGUUAACUCGAAAACCGUUCGAGAAUCUUGCGCGUAGAAUCGAAUAAUCGGUAAUGUUAACCCAUGCGCAUGAAGGGUAUUACAUAUAAGUAUAUAUAUAUACAUAUAUAUAUGCAUAUUAUAUAAUAAUAUAUAUAUUAUCACGUGAUUGCGCGCUGAAACAUAUGAAAUAUAUAUAUUGCCGAGUGAAUGGCAUGCGCGAACGUUUUUUGAUGCAUGCGUUGUACACGAAGAAUGCGCGUGUGUAAUAUAUUUGAUAUAUGUUAGCAUUAAUUCGCGAAAAAGACGUGCAAAAACACAUGGUUGCGGUGACCAAUAUUACAGCGUAUAAAAGUCACGGAUUUUAUCUCGAUCUCGUAGAAAACGACCUUCUGAGAAGAAAAUUUUACUCUUAAAGUUUAAAAUUUUUCACAAACUUUUUGUCAUUUUUACUUUAUCCCAACAGAA